UAAAGUAGCCCCAUCCCAAGCUCGCAACAUCGUCUAUUUCUAUUCUCCGAACCAAUGCCUUCUCCAACGAGGUUUCUCCAGUCCUCCGACCACUUACCAGCGGCGGAGCCGCCGGUUUCCCUGGCCGUUGACUCCGACGUGGUGGUGAUCCUGGCGGCGCUGCUUUGCGCCCUGAUCUGCGUCGUGGGCCUCGCCCUCGUCGCGCGCUGCGCCUGGCUCCGCCGCUCCUCCGCCUCCGCCCAGCCGCCGGCGGCGCGGCCAACCAAGGGGCUCAAGAAGAAGGCCCUCCGCUCUCUCCCGACGCUCUCCUUCGACGGUUCCACUGCUUCCGCCGCCGGCUGCGGGCAGCUGGCGGAGUGCCCGAUUUGUCUCGCCGAGUUCGCCGCCGGCGACGAGAUCCGGAUCCUCCCGCACUGCGGCCACGGGUUCCACGUCGCGUGCGUGGACACGUGGCUCGUGUCCCACUCGUCUUGCCCCUCGUGCCGCCAGAUUCUCGUCGUCCCCGCCCCUUCCCGGUGCCCGACGUGCGGUGCCACCUCCGCCUCCACCGCUGCCGCCACCCCCACCGCUGCCGCGGAGGGCGGGGCCAAGUUCGGGGAGGACGGCGAGUUAUUACCCUGAAGUAGCUCCCUCUCUGUAUUCCCUUUUCUUCUCUUGUGGGAAAAAAAAAAAA